AUGGGUGACCACUUAGGCGCCGGCAGCGUGGAUAAGCCGCUGGCCACGCUCUGGAGAAACUACUGCCAGUCGACCAAACCGGACAUCGAGAUGCGCGUGACGGUGGCCGUCUCUGGCCUCAAGGCCACCACUCGGGAGCACGGCCUCACUGAGUACUGGAGCCACCGCAUCACCUACGCGUUCGCACACCCCAGCUACCCGAAGGUGUUCUGCUGGGUGUACCGUCACGAGGGGCGCAAGAUGAAGCCGGAGCUGCGCUGUCACGCGGUGCUCUGCUCCUCCGAGACCAAGGCGCGCCUGAUGCAGCGUCUGCUCACCGAGCGACUGCACCAGGCGCUGGUCGAGUUCAGGAAGGAGAAGCAGCUGCGGCAGAACGCCCGGCUGUCCGUGGUCAGCGUGCUGUACCCGGCCGCCCCGCGGCGGAAGGUGGUGCUCACCAACGGUGGCGCCAACUACCGGCCGCCGCUCGAGCGCAGCAAGAGCGCGCCCAAGCUGGGCAGUAUCGAGGAGGACCGGCUGGGCGAGGAGGCGGCGGACGCGGCGGCGGCGCGCGAGGCGGCCGCCCGCCGACCGCCGCCGGUCCCCUCCCUCGCCGAGAUCGCCGAGGAGGAGGAGGAGGAGCGGACUCCCACAGCGCCGCGCUCCCCCCGACCCCGCGCCUUCAGCGAGCCGGCCGAGCCGCCGCCGGCCGUGUGCCGCCACCCGGCCGACCCGACCGCCACCCACGACCCGGCCGACGACUCGGACGCCGCCAGCGAGCACAGUGCCGCCAGUGUGCCCAGCGACCCGACCGGCGACAGCGACUGCGAGACCCUGGUGCUGGCCACCACGCCCGAGCAGUGCCGCGUGUACAGGAUCACCGGCUCCGGCCGCUCGCCGCCGGACGCGGAGGACGCCUGUCACCGCCUGCAGGGCGUCGUCGACUUCGGCGCCCACUGGAACUCGACCGGCUGGGUGCGUGUGCCCGACGAGGACACUGCCAGUGACGAGAGCGGCUACUCAGAGGAGCCGCUCAAGGCCGAGUGACCGCGCACCGCGAGGCAGAGGACAGAUCUAGUCAGGGCGCGCGGCGCAGAGUCGGCGGCGGGUCGCAGGCUCUCUGUGUAAUGUGCUCACUGGCUGGAGGGUUCCACCGCUGCGGGACGCCGCGGCAGGUCGCCCGGCGCCGUCUGGCCGUCUCUGAUAUACUCACUGGCAUGUGUUGCAUAUUUAUUGUUGGUGUUUGGCUGCGCACGUGUCGCUGUUCGCCCCUCGUGUCUAUGUGCCAAACGGCGAGCGGGGCCGGCCUGCUCCUCCCGGUCGACGGGGUGUCAGUCGCUGCCCAGCGGGCCCCUCCGGGCGCCGGGCGCCGCUCCAUUGCGGUGUCUCUGUUCUGUUUGUCACUGUUGUUACGGCCGGCCUGGCCUGGUGGGGACCCAGUCUGUUCCGCCCCGGCCGGCGAGCGGUCGAGACACAACCCCACCCCGAGACCGGGCGAUAUAUCCUGUCUGUGCUACUGUCUACUGAUGGAAUGUGAUACGUGAUCGCGUAUGGUGUAGUACAAGUCCGUAACACAUGUAUUAAAUAUCAUGAAUAGUGAAUAAAUUGUAUCAAAGCU